AUGACUCCUAAUAUAUUGCGCACUUUCUUUCUGUCGACUCCCACACCCACCAUCACUCAGCGGUUUUGUACAGCUGGAGGAUGGUGUCUUAGGCGAUGUCACUUUACGUCACUUUACGACUAUUCACCGAGCAGUUGUUUCUCCCUCACUGCUUCACCAAGCCGUUUGUACUGCUGGGACGACGCUACCUUUCCCUCUCACUGCAUCACCAAGCCGUUUGUACUGCUGGGAUGCUACCUUUCCUGCCGUUUGUACCGGGACGACGCUACUUUCUCCCUCACUGCUUCACCAAGCCGUUUGUACUGCUGGGACGACGCUACCUUUCCCUCUCACUGCAUCACCAAGCCGUUUGUACUGCUGGGAUGCUACCUUUCUCCCUCACUGCUUCACCAAGCCGUUUGUACUGCUGGGACGACGCUACCUUUCCCUCUCACUGCAUCACCAAGCCAUUUGUACUGCUGGGAUGCUACCUUUCUCCCUCACUGCUUCACCAAGCCGUUUGUACUGCUAGGACGACACUACCUUUCUCCCUCACUGCUUCACCAAGCCGUUUAUACUGCUGGGACGACGCUACCUUUCCCUCUCACUGCAUCACCAAGCCGUUUGUACUGCUGGGAUGCUACCUUUCCUGCUGUUUGUACCGGGACGACACUACUUUCUCCCUCACUGCUUCACCAAGCUGUUUGUACUGCUAGGACGACGCUACUUUCUCCCUCACUGCUUCACCAAGCCGUUUGUACUGCUAGGACGACUGCUACUUCUUCCCUCACUGCUUCACCAAGCCAGUUUGUACUGCUAGGACGACGCUACCUUUCUCCCUCACUGCUUCACCAAGCCGUUUGUACUGCUGGGACGCUAUCUUUUGUCUUCACUGCACAAUAA